CCCUGGGCUGGCCCAUAUAAGCAGAGUGGCCAAGCCCCUGACAAUUCCCAGGAUGAGGGCUGCACCUCUCUCUCGGCUGGUCCUGGUGCUAUGGGCGAUGGGGACCCUGAUGGGGGCUGGGACCCCUGGAGAAGAAGCCUUGCCUGGGGAGCCUGCAGGCACUGGGGGUCUCAUCUUCCACCAAGACUGGGACUGGCCAGCCCCCCAGGGCUUGCCUCCAAGCAGUCAGCAAGACUCCCUGUGCCUGGUGACGCUGGUUGGUGGCAGCAACGGCAGCAGUGCCCCCCUACAGGUGAUGGGAGCCCUGAGGGGCUACGAGCAGGCCUUCCUGGAGGCCGUGCAUCGAGCCCACUGGGGACCUCGUGACCUGGCCACCUUUGGCGUCUGCACCCCUAGCCAUGAGCACGCUGCCCUGCCCCUUUUGCAGUGGCUUAGAGUGUGGCUGGGGGAGCCCCGGGGGCAGCGGCUGGUGGUCCUGCACCUGGAGGAAGUGAUCUGGGAGCCAACACCCUCACUGAGGUUCCAGGAGCCUCCAUCUGGAGAAAUCAGCCCCUCAGAGAUGGCGCUGCUGGUGCUGUACCCCGGGUCCGGCCCAGAGGUCACUGUAACAGGGGCCGGGCUGCUGGGCACCCAGAGUCUCUGCCUAUCCCGGGACACCGGCUACCUGACACUGGCAGUGGACCAUCCGGCGGGGGCCUGGCACGGCCUGGGUCUUGCCCUAACCCUGCGGCACCGCGAAAACGGCACCCCCCUGAGCACCGCGCAGCUGCAAGCCUUGCUGUUUGGCGCCGACCCCCGCUGCUUCACACGGAUGACCCCGCCGCAGUCCGACCGCAACCCGCGCUAUGGCAACCACGUGGUGUUGCUGCUCAAGAUGCAGGCCCGUGGGGCGGCUCUGGCGCGUCCACCCUGCUGCGUGCCCACGGCCUACGCGGGCAAGCUGCUCAUCACCCUGUCGGAGGAGCGCAUCAGCGCACACCACGUGCCCAACAUGGUGGCCACCGAGUGCGGCUGCCGGUAACUCCGCGGCGCCCCUGUCCAUAUUUAUUCGGACCCGAAUCAUCACCCCAAUAAAGACCACAAGCACACGG